UGGUCCGGGGCGUAGCCCAUGUGAGGCCUGCAAGCUCCGGGCGCCUGGCCUACCUAACUCAGCCCCGCAGUCUCUGCAGAACCCCCUGCAGCCCCCAUGGCCCAGUUUCUCCAUUUGCUCACAAUGGCCAACGGCGUGAGGCACUUGAGCGGAAUGCGGACGGUGCCUCCGACAGCUUUCCCGCAGUGCAUGAUCUCAGGAGGGGCCCCAGAGACGGAAGUUUACGACGCCCAGAGCGCUCCUUCUGGACGUGCCCUGGACUCGACUUGGGACUGAGUCUGUGCCGCCUAGGCUGGCAGGGACUCGGCCAGAUGCACUAGCGGCAAGGCUGGGCAGACACCGCCUGGGACUCGCUCGCCGUACCUCCAAGGGGCCCAGGCCAUGAGGGGGCGGCUGGGGAGACGCUCGCCCGGUGCCCGCCCUGGGCCCGGCGGGUGCCCCCUGCCCGCCCCCUGACGCAAUCCGAGGCGCCCUUGCUGCAUGCCGGCGCUGGAGAAACCUCCCCUGCCGUUGCAUCACUCCAGCCAGGUUUGCCACAGAGGUGGAGCUGAACCAAUCAGCGGGCGCGCUGGGCCCGCGGCGCGGUUAAGUGAGAAGCAGCCUCCGAAGUUGAUUGGCCAAAAGGGGAUUUGCCCCACCCCAAUCACCGCGGCAGCUGGCCGCGGUGGGCGUGGUCUCCCGGCAAGAGGGUUUAAAGGGCGCCUCCAUGGGGGGCGCUCAGCUGGAGCUACCGAGCGGUGCCAGGCCAGGUGUGUGCGUCCGUCGGUCUUUCCGUGCCCACGCCGGAGACCAGCCCCGGAGGCCGCCUGGGCCUAUCCCUGUGCCAGGCACCAUGAAGCAGGAGUCUGCAGCCCCGAACACCCCGCCCGCCUCGCAGUCCCCUACGCCGUCCGCUCAGUUCCCCCGAAACGACGGCGACCCUCAAGCGCUGUGGAUUUUCGGAUACGGCUCCCUGGUGUGGAGGCCCGACUUCGCCUACAGCGACAGCCGUGUGGGCUUCGUGCGCGGCUACAGCCGCCGUUUCUGGCAGGGAGACACCUUCCAUCGGGGCAGCGACAAGAUGCCUGGCCGUGUGGUGACGCUCCUUGAAGAUCAUGAGGGCUGCACUUGGGGCGUGGCAUACCAAGUGCAAGGGGAGCAGGUAAGCAAGGCCCUGAAGUACCUGAAUGUGCGAGAGGCAGUGCUUGGUGGCUACGAUACCAAGGAGGUCACCUUCUAUCCCCAAGAUGCUCCUGACCAACCACUGAAGGCAUUGGCCUAUGUGGCCACCCCACAGAACCCUGGUUACCUGGGCCCUGCGCCUGAAGAGGCCAUUGCCACGCAGAUCCUGGCCUGCCGGGGCUUCUCCGGCCACAACCUUGAAUACUUGCUGCGUCUGGCAGACUUCAUGCAGCUCUGUGGGCCUCAGGCGCAGGACGAGCACCUGGCAGCCAUCGUGGACGCUGUGGGCACCAUGUUGCCCUGCUUCUGCCCCACCGAGCAGGCUCUGGCGCUGGUGUGAGGGGCUGAGCCCCUGCGGGGAGUGCUCAUGUGGACAUCAGGGCCAGACACCCACUCCAGUGCACAAGACAGACUUGCGACCGCUUGAGCCCACUGAGCAGAUAUGAUGGGUGGCUGGAGGCUUCUCUUUCUCAGUCCCUGCCUGUCUGCCAGCCUGCAGCUUUCCUGCUUGACAUUGACUUACUACUUGAAACUUUAUUUAUUGCACCAUGUUGGUGUGGUGGGCAGGCGGAGGGCCUGCCCUGGACACAGGGGCCCUGCUGAGCAGUGGCCCCAUCCUGGAACUUGACCAGAUUCCCCCCAGUGCUGCUGCUAACCCCACACCACCCAGGCCUCCACCUCCCCAGGGAGUCUCCAAGAGCCUCGAUCCUCUGCUCACUCAGCCCAGCCAUCCAUAGCCCUGGGAAUUCCACCUGCCAAGGAUCCCAGCAGGCUGGAUGAGGGAUAGUAGGGCAUGAGGAGAAGGAGCCCUGUAACCUGAGGCCCCGGCCAGCCCUUCUCCUCCACCAGUUCCCCAGAGCAGAGCUGGAGCUGAUGCCUGGACACAGCUGCUGAGCCUGGCCUGGGCCUCUUACCCACUUGGUUGUUUUCUUGUCCCUCUGUCUGUCUGUCUAUCUACUUGUCUGUCUGGGCCACUCCUGCCUGUGUGUUGGUCUAUUCCUGGGAAGCUCAUCACUACAGGCCCUGGCAACCUUCCCAGUCUGUCCCAUACUGUUACCCAUAAAACUAUCUCUUUA